AGCACCGCCUAGGGCACAAAGAGCGUCGAAAUAGUCCAGGGCCUGCUGCUUCUUGCCAUGUGGAUGCCCGAUUCGAAACACUGGAACGAUGAUCGAUCUUGGGUGUACAGCGGCCUAGCGAUGCGCAUUGCUACCGAUCUGGGCAUUUCACAGCAGCACGAGGGCGCAUGCGAGGACGUCAUCAACAAUUUCAAAAAUAUCGCCAAUGACACAAAACCCGAGACUCUCAACCGGCAGCGGACAGCUUUUCAGCCCUACUGGCAUCUUCGUACCUGGAAUCUCCGCCGGUCGGCCGCCCCAAUGUUCAAGCAUAGACUACAGAAGACGAAGGCGGCAAACACCAAGACAACGGCAAAACCUACCCACGCUACUGUUGACCACGAGGCCAAGCUGGCGUGUAUUCGUACCUUCAACGAAGAGCUAGACGAGUGGAACAAGCACUGGGUUUCAAGACUGCUUUUCAAACUGCCUGAGCGAUUAUGCCGUCAAUCUCCCAAGAAGAAAGGGAAAGUCCUGAAGCUCUCGUUCAGUCUCCAGUAG